CUAUGAUCGGGGAUUUGUGUUGGAGAAUCAGUUUUAGCCUUGUCUCUGUACUGUGUUUUGUAUUCCUCUGAACAUGCCAUUGGUUUGGUAGAACCUCCAGCACCAUAGGAGGCAGCACUGUUCCAUAAACUAGUACAUUUACCCAAACAAAAACACCAUCGAAGUACUGGAUUAACAAGUGGACCUGUUAUGGGUCUGGAAGAGGACUUUCCUCAACAACAACAAAUAGUUUCAUAAUGUUGCAAAGGUGACACAUCGUUCCGUCGAUGGAUCUAAAUGAAGAUCGUGUUGUAUUUGCGAUGUGCACCCGGAUAUGUUUGUGUGUUCUCUGCGGUCUACCUGCAGCAGGGAAGUCAACGCUUGCACAGGCGGUCACCUCUCACACCGCACAACGAGGAUGGAGGUCCGUCGUCAUUUCUUAUGACGACCUGAUUCCCGGUGAAGCUUUCAAUGUGGAAGAAGUCGAGGAUGAAGAGGAUAUACCGCGAUCGCAGACGCAAACUAAAUGGAAGUUGCACAGACAAGCGGUGCUACAGUGUGUUGAACAGUUCCUACAGAGUCCUCCAGAGCUGGGACAGUUACCACCGAGCAUCUACCAGAUCAACAGUGAUGCCUGGAGUCGUCUCCUUCACGCCGCUCAGGUCUGCGGGACGUCGGUGGGCUCUUCUCAGGUUUACCCGUCACCUUUAGCUCGACCACCUCCGCCGCUCGUCAUUCUGCUGGACGACAACUUCUACUAUCCAAGCAUGAGAUAUGAGGUGUACCAACUGGCCAGGAAACACUCUGUGGGAUUCUGUCAGGUGUACAUCCACUGUCCCGUGGAGUUGUGUGUCAGGAGAAACCAGCUGAGGCCCCAGCCCUUACCCAGCAACGUUAUAGUAGAGAUGGCCAAGCGCAUGGAGCCUCCAAACCCUCAGAGAAACACAUGGGAGCAGAACAGUGUCACUCUGGACAGCAAAGACCACUUCACCGUAGAAUACAUCCAAAGGUUGGUGAAGGUGAUCUCUACUGCGUUGGAGAACCCAUUGAGUCCAGUCCUGGACAACACUGAGCAAAAGGAGGCUGAUCGUCAGAGAUGUGUGUCCAGUGUGGUCCACCAGGCUGACCAGGCCUGCAGACGCCUGGUCUCACAGGCCAUGCAGGGGGCCAGAGAACAUCAUCUUCCCCCAGAGAGGAUGAGGUCUCUGGCAGCCCACUUCAAUGAAUCCAAAAUCAGAUUUCUCCAGGACCUGCGGAAACAAGUUCUCCACAGCCUUCCCUUAACCCAGGGAGAGAGCGUCGACGUGGAGCGGGUUGUGAACAGAGCCGUGGACGUCUUCAACAAAGAGAAACAGGAAAUCAUUGAAAGAGACCUUCCCCCUUAUGACAUAAUACAUGACACAGAAAAUGAGGGAUAGAUGAUAGCCAUUAUGUAACUUUCAUUGAUUCUAUGUAAAUAGUAAUAAAUAUUGACAUUUAGUAAUUCAUUUUCUAUAUUUUUCUGACAAAAUGUCCACCCUGUUAGGUGCAUAUACAGGGUGGAACCUAACAAGCUGGAACCUAACAGGGUGGAAAUGUGGAGGCUAACUUAAGCCGUAGGUAGCACUGUGGCUUAUCAAGAUCCAGCUAGCUAUAAUGGUGAACACUUGAAGAACAUUAUUUUUACUGUUCUGUCAAACACAAUUUGAAAUGAUCAAAUGUUCAUCUAAUUUAGCCUAACAGUGUGGACAUUUUUAAGAGUGAGACCAUACUGACUAACAUCAUGAAACGUUAAAAUGUAGAUCAAACCGAGUUGUUGAUACAUAAUGUUGCUUUGCACUGUUAUUGACACUUCCUGAUUGUGAUGUCAUUAUGGGAAGGAGUGUUUUUUUGUUGUUGUUUUUUUUAAAGGAGUAUUACGCCAAACUAACAGGGUGGAAAGUAAAAUUUGGGACACACAAAACAUGUUAAAUACAGUAACAACAAAUACAAUAAUCGUGAGAGGAGGGAAAAAAAAUUGAUGACAGAGAUUUUAAGUAGGACUAUAAAAUAAUGAAUAAAUAUUUUGAAUAUUUGAUUAUUUAA